GUGUGACUCUCCUCAUCUCUGGCCUGCACACUGAGUCAUAGUAAUUCACCAUCUUCAACAGCAUGGCUGGUUUACUUUCGAGCACGUUCGAUUCGAACGUCGUGGCUGUUAGGUCGCAUUGGCGAGGCUAUGCGACCCUCAAGCAUCUAGUGGUCUUUGGGGCGUCCUAUUGUGAUGUCGGCUAUGAUUAUCGCUCGCCGCAUCCAACACUAGAAAAUCCACUCGGAGUAGAAUUCCCUGGGUAUACAUGGGCUGAGCCGGGCAAGGCGAACUGGGUCGGUCAUCUCAUCACCGAGCACGCUCUGAGCCCGAUGCUUGUCUAUGACUAUGCGCUGGGCGGGGACCGCGUCGAUGGUGUGCGGCGACAGAUUGAGAGAGGUUUUAUACCUCACCUCGCUCCGAGACCGCAUUGGGCACCGUGGACAGAACAAGAUACACUAUUCGCGACGUGGGUUGGCAUCAAUGAUUGCAGCUACGAGACACCCGAGACUAUUCCGGGCGUUGUCUCUGACCUCUUCAAACUUCAGGCCAAACUGUACGAGCACGGCGCCCGUAACUUCAUGUUCGUAGACCUUCCUCCCAUCGAGAGAUCCCCAAGCGGGCCCAGCCCGGAGAGAGCGGCGCGCAUGUUCGCUGACAAGCUUCCACGAACUGCCUUGUGGAACACUACUCUGCGCACCCAAGCGGCGGCUUUCGCUGCUUCGCAUGGCGACGCGACGGUGCUCAUAUAUUCUUCUUGGCAUCUGUUCACGAAGGUGCUGGACGACCCGACCACGUUCGGUUUCGGCAAAGACGACGUCCGUAGGCCUGCGAGCUCUAUAUGGGUUGAUCGUCUGCAUCCGACCAGCAACAUGCACGACGUGGUUGCUCAUGACAUGGCGCAAUUCCUGGGUAGCAUUUCAGCUCCCGUCACGGGCGGCGAGCGGAUCGCAAGAUGAAGCGCGUUAAACGGCUCUCGACGUAUGAACAGAAGGCCCACGAAGGUAAGGAAUGGGAUGGAAGGUUGUAUAGAAUGAUAUUUCAUUGCCGUGUGCUGUCGAAACCCGGUAACAUACAAUAU